GUCAUUUUUCUUGACUGAUUUGAGGAAGAACUGAAGAAGCGUGUAUUGCUCUAUUGCUGAUAGAUUCUGGUACUCAUCGUGCAAGUCUUUGUUUUGGUCGUCGUAUGUUUCGUAUUAGUUGCGUGAAGGGCGUCCCUUAGUAAAGUGUAAAGUAACAUCUUGGACAUACCGAAGAGAGUAUCCCAUCUGCGGCGUCCUUUUGUUCAGUCACUUGACAGAGGAGUUCAAGAGCGUUCUGUCGGAAAUAAUUGAGAAUGCUCACUACUUUUGAAAACCUUGAUUUGUAGUAUCUUCGUGUUCCGGAGAACUGUACGUUGUUGGUACAUGCAUCUGGGUGUGACUAGGAGUUUCAUACGUAAGAGGACGGCUAGGCUCUUGGAUUAUCCACGGCCCUUCAUUCGCUGUACUGUGCACGUGAGGUGCUGAGCAGGUUUCAGGUGCUAUGAAUUUGUCGCCAUGUAAAUUGUCCUCUCAUACACUCCAAGAUCAGCACCAGCAGUCCGCUUGGAGAGCAUGUUCGGAUGCAAGUGGUCUCGCAAGGGCCUGGCGUCUUCCAAAUCGGUUGGUUCGCCCACCAAGUCAUCUCCGCCAUCCCUGCUGGAUUGGACCAGUGCUACUGACACAUCAUGGGAAGGUUUGAUGAAAGCACCACUAUACAUAGUGAUCUGGUACAUCUUCAGUGCAUGCACUCUGUUCCUGAACAAGUAUAUCCUCACGUUCUUAGAAGGUGACCCAGACAUGGUGGGCUACACACAGAUAGUGACGACAACGCUAUGCGGUUGCAUGCAAGUAUAUAUACCGCGUCUCUACUACUAUCGCUCGCCGCAAAGUCAAGUCAUGCAAAGUCCGGCGCACGCCAAGAAAUACACCACCUUCUACCGGGACAUGCUGCUGCUGGGAAUUAUGAGAGUUGGAAGUGUGGUGCUUGGUUUGGUUAGCUUGAAGAGCGUGGCUGUUUCAUUCACUGAGACCAUCAAGGCAUCAGCGCCACUCUUCACAGUUGUCAUGGCAUGGCUGAUGCUGGGUGAAAUCUCUGGAGUAUACGUCAACUUCUCACUGCUACCGAUCAUGGUCGGCCUCAUUCUGACUAGCUAUACUGAGCUUAGUUUUCAGGCGGUUGGCUUUCUUGCUGCUCUGCUGAACAACAUCCUGGACUGUAUUCAGAAUGUGUUCUCCAAGAAGUUGCUCUCCAACCUGCAAGCCUACACCCCGACUGAGUUACAGUUCUACUCCAGCGUAGCAGCAGUGUCUAUCCAAGUACCAGUUUGGUUCUCACUUAGGGGACUGUCUCUGUACAAAGAGCACAUGACGUGGUGGAUGGCUGGCUGCUUACUUUUGGACGGCUUGUGUUUUCACCUGCAAAGCAUCGCAGCAUACUACGUUGUCUCAGUUAUUUCACCUGUGUCCUUCAGUGUGUCGAACACUGUGAAGAGGGCAUUGUUGACUGUACUAUCCGUGAUCAUCUUUGGUAACAAGAUUACAGUGCUCACGCUCCUUGGUACGGUCAUGGUCAUUGGUGGUGUGUUUGUGUACAAUUCCGCACGCAAUCAUGAAGCCGACCUACGUCGAAAGCAGGAGCUGUCAUCGGGCGAUGCUGAAACGGUGUAGAAUGUGUGAGAAUGUCAUCAGGCGACGCUGACACGGUGUAGAAUGCGCGGGAAUAUGAGUGCUUGGUCUUUGUGUGUUCCACUUCAAAACCAUGCUGGCCGUACUGUGAGCCCUUUGGCUGAAUUGACCCGAUAGCAGUGCUCAGAGUAUCGUCUCCGGAACAUGUUCUCAAACGUACUCGACACCUUUGCCCGGCCCACGGCCGAGCGCUUCAUUUUUAAGCAUCAACCGUGUGCUGUGUCGUUACUGCGCGUCAAGACUUCGAUUGCUGUCGUGUGUACACCCAUCGUCGUCUUGGGCCCAGGAUUUCCCAACACCCCAACAUCAGUCUUGGCAGAGUAUGUGUUGUAGUGGCGGGCACAAAUUCCAAAAAAAAGUAGUGCACUCCUGGAGGGAGUGUAUGAAUCCAGCUUCAGUCCCUAGGAAGUGAUUGAUAUCAAAAGCAUUAUUGCUGGUCUAACCAGUUUCUAGACUUUUUUCAUGACUUGAGAGUUGUCUAGUCAGAAAUUAUUUGUAUAUGAGUAUAAUUAUGUGUUAUGUCUGAUUUCUAAGCUUGUCUAUAUCUGGUAUAUAGAUGAGUUUUUCAAAUUUAUUCUGCUACAGUUUCAGAAUCAGUCUGCUUUGCAGUAUUCCUAUGUUUUCUAUUAUCCCUUCCGCUGCACUUCGUUGAGAACAUUGCUGUGCAAUGCUACUCGAGUGACUUUACUGAUCUCUUUCCAUGCACAACUGCCAACUCCACACAUGCAGUACACAUGCUGUUUGUUGUUAUUGUACACACUCCUUGUCUUUGUAGUACACACCCACACACAAUACUGCGUGUCAUGAUUGUUCCAGAGUGCAAGAACGAACGAAAUCAAUAUCAACUUGCUGGUGCUUCUCUCCCCUCUC